GCGUAUGUAUGAGGGCGACAAACAGGAGUCGCUCGAGUGAUCACCACACCAAAAACCUACUCCAAAAAUCUAGGCCUAGGCUAGAAGCAAUAUAUUACAGGUGGAGAUGGCGGCUCUCGAUGUUCGACUGAAGAAGGUCAAUAAAGUUUAUACUGAAGGUGAGGUGUUGAAUGGUAUUGUAGUAAUUGAAAGUAAGGGUGACUUGCAACACCAAGGAAUAUCUCUGUUAGUUGAAGGGACAGUGACACUACAGUUGAGCUCUAAAAGUGUUGGACUUUUUGAAGCCUUUUACAGUUCUCUAAAGCCUAUAACAUUACUCAACUAUAGUUUAGUGGUUGCUAAGCCAGGAAAACUUCCAUCAGGGAGGACUGAGAUUCCAUUUGAAGUUCCAUUGAAACCCAAGGCAAAUAAAGCGCUUCAUGAAACAUACCAUGGGGUGUUUGUCAACAUACAGUAUCUUAUAAAGGCAGAAAUGAAGCGCCCUCUACUUGCCAAAGAUCUGACAAAAAAUAUUGAAUUUAUCAUCGAGUACAAGCUACAAAAAGAGAAGAUAAUCCCUAAUCCAGUUUCAUUUUCUAUUAAACCAGAAACACUCCAAAAUGUCAAAGAUAAGUCAAGUCUUCCUAAGUUCCUAGUGAAAGGUCGAUUGGAUUCAGCUCAUUGUAAUAUUUCAAAGCCACUCACUGGUCAGCUUGUUGUAGACCAUUGCGAUGCACCAAUCAAAUCUAUUGAAAUACAGCUUGUAAGGGUUGAGACAUGCGGCUGUGCAGAAGGUUAUGCUAGAGAUGCUACAGAGAUUCAAAAUAUCCAAAUUGGAGAGGGGGAUGUGUGCCGCGGACUAACUAUUCCAAUCUACAUGGUGUUUCCCCGGUUGUUCACUUGUCCAACACUUGCUACAAGUAAUUUUAAAAUAGAAUUUGAAGUGAAUGUAGUGGUGGUGUUACAAGAUGAUCAUCUGAUCACAGAGAACUUCCCAAUUAAGUUGAUUCGGGGAUAGAAAGCAGGCAGUUGGGAUAACAUAAGAUUGUUAUUGGUAUUACCAUUAUUUUAUUUUUUUUAAAUUUUUUUUGAAAGUCACAUCCAACAGUGGGUGAACCUGCCAUUUAAAGAAUUUAUAACAAAAUAUUGCAAAUGUUACAAUAUAGAAAAUUUUAUUAUUAUUAUUAUUAUUAUUAUUAUUAUUA